UUCGUUUAACCAUAUAUGCACCACCCGCAUAAAUAUUAAAGUAACCCACAUAUGCGGCGGAACCACUUUGACACCAUCGUAAUCAAAUUAACACCCACGCACAUGAGAGACUUUUGUGAUUGCCGUGAUUUGCAUAAUUGACGCUAAUCAUCGGCAUCUCGUGCUCGCCACCGACAAAAAAAAAAAACUACAAUAACAAUAGCCCCAACAGUUUCAGAAAUAGUCAAGACCCCAUCGGCAGACGGGCAGACGGAUCACAAUGCCAUAUGUUGUCGGGUAGUGCGCCCAGUGUGUUUUUUGUGCCAAAAGUGACAAAAAAUUAAACAAAAAAAGCCAAAGUAAAUUUUUGUCAAGUGUGAAGUACAGUAUAUAUUUAGAUUUCCACUCAAUAUGAUCACCAUGAAUGAGCUGGUUGAUCUGCGUAUGCAGCAGCAUAUAGCGCACGAGAUCUAUCGCCAGCAGAUAAUGCAGCGUAUACCAGAUCCCUUUCCUCCCAUGCUGCCCAUUCCCAUGCCCCGACACGUGAUCAUGCCACCUCGAGUAACUCUGCCCGGCGUGGAGAUGACUCUCCAAAACGACGAUCUUUGGAAGCAGUUUCAUCAAAUUGGCACAGAAAUGAUCAUCACCAAAAGCGGCAGACGCAUGUUUCCCUCGAUGCGAUUGAGCGUCUCUGGCUUGGAGGACGAAAGCAACUACUGUGUACUCCUCGAGAUGGUCCCGAUUGGCGACUGCCGCUACAAGUUCUCCGGCUCUCAGUGGGUUCCGGCUGGAGGUGCCGAGCCCCAGAGCCCCCAGCGCAUGUAUUUGCAUCCGGAUAGUCCGGCAACAGGUGCCCAUUGGCAGGCGCAGCCCAUUCUCUUCAACAAGGUGAAGCUCACCAAUAACACAUUGGACAACAGCGGGCAUAUUGUCCUGGCCAGCAUGCACAAGUAUCAGCCGCGUCUGCAUGUCAUACGCACCGCUGAUCUGGCGCAGAUUCCCUGGGCCCCCCAACAGGCCUUUGUGUUCGCCGAGACCGAGUUUGUGGCUGUGACAGCAUAUCAGAACGAUCGCAUCACCAAGCUGAAAAUCGACAACAAUCCGUUUGCGAAGGGCUUCCGCGAAACAGGACAAUCGCGCUGCAAACGCAAGAUGUCUUCAUCGCCAACUGGCGAAGAUCAAGAUCAGUCCCAGACGCAGUCGCAGUCGCAAUCCCAAUCCGAGUCGGACAUGUCGCCGGUGAAGAGCAGCGAGGUAGCAGCAUCGACAACCACAACGACAACCGGAUCCAUUGACUUGGAUGGCCCGCAAAUUAAGCGACUGAGAUCAAAUGGCUCCGCCUGCUCCUUAUCGUCAUCGCUGGACGAUCACUCGAUGCCUGGCGCCAGUACCUUGGCCUCCCUGGGAUCCCCGCCCUCGCAUCCGCUCCACAACCGGGUAUUCAUGCAACAGUUCCAGCAGAAUAUGCAGAGCUUGCUCCGACCAUCGCUGGUGGAUCUGGCCUGUACUUACUUUGGACGAACCCACGAGUACGGUGGGGGUGUGCCAGCAGGGAUUCCCUAUCCCCCACCAGGAAUGCUGCCAGUACAUCCUGGCCUAGGACUGCCUCCAGGCAUUUCCCCCGGAGAGCCUGUAUCCGAUGAGUCGGCAGCGGAUGAACUGGAACUGGAUGUGGGCAGUGAGACGGCCACAGUAGAGACUGUGGAGCCAUCCUCCCAAGAACAGCCUCAGGAGCCAGCUCCCACAUCCAGGAGCAAGGGCUUUAGUAUAUCAGCCAUCUUAGGAGGAGGUAGUUAG